ACAUCCUCCUCCAUGCAGCCACUCUUCACUCUUCUUCAACUCACUACUUAACCGCAGCGGGCAGUCUGCACAGUGUGGAUACUAUAGCAGCACCCAGUUGCGACCUGCGAGCGUUUUCUUUUCCCACAAUGUAUCCGAAUCGGGACUAAUACCCGCCUGGUUUACCUUUAUCCACAUUUGCGGAGCCUGGGUCGGAGAAAUUCGACAUCACAUCGUCCGGGGGGGCAGUUAAUUCACGAGCUGAGCACUUUGUUGCAGAUAACAGAGGACGAGUAGGGAGGACGUGCAGUGAUAACAUGAGUCUGGUGGAGGUGAGGCAGACAGCAGGGUCUCUCACCCUGUCCCUGUCCAGCAACGACUCUAAGGAGCGCUACUUCGACCGCGUGGACGAGAGUGACCCAGACUACCUCCGCAGCAAAAACAUGUCGCCGGACCUGAGGCAGGACUUCAACAUGAUGGAGCAGAAGAAGAGGGUCACCCAGAUCCUGCAGAGUCCAGUGUUUAAAGAUGAGUUGGAAGGCCUUAUUCAGGACCAGAUGACAAAGGGGAACAACCCUACAGGUCUCCUGGCUCUGAGACAGAUUGCUGACCUGGUCAUGGCCAGCACCUUGGGAGGGGCUGGUCCCUUGACUUCACCCAUAAGCUUUGGGAUGGUGACUCCAGUCAACGACUUGUAUGGCAUCGAGUCUCCCUCCUUUACUAAGGGGGAGAAACAGAGUCGCUGCAGGCUGGCCAGCCUCUACAGGCUUGUUGAUCUCUUCAACUGGGCUCGUUUUACAAGCUCCUACAUUACUGUACGUGUCAAUAAAGAGCAGGACCAUGUUCUUAUUAGUCCACGAGGUCUGUCUUUUGCUGAGGUGACGGCAGCUAAUUUGGUAAAGGUGAACAUAAUCGGUGGUGUGGUGGACCAGGGUUCUACUGAUCUGGGUAUCGACCACUUUGGGUUUUCUCCUCAUUCUGCCAUUUACUCAAUGCGCCCUGAUGUGAGAUGUAUCAUCCACAUACAUACCCCUGCUACAGCUGCUGUGUCCUCGAUGAAAUGUGGAAUCCUGCCCAUUUCCCAGGAGGCUUUGCUUCUGGGAGACGUGAGCUGCUUUGGUUUCCAUGGCAGCCUGGAUAAUAAAGAGGAGAAGGUGGAAUUUCAGAAAGCUCUGGGCCCUACUGCCAAGGUGAUGAUCCUGAGGAACCAUGGGCUGCUUGCUUUGGGAGAAACAGUAGAAGAAGCUUUUCACUACGUGUACCACUCACAGCAAGCUUGUGAAAUCCAGGUGAAUGCCUUGAGGUGUUCAGGCAGCGUGGACAACCUCGUGCUCCUGGACAGGGAGAGGUUUAGACCCCUGACCCAGGGAGUGGCCGCCGCCGGGGUGGUUAUGGACAAUGAAGUGAAGUGGAAGGUGGGCGAGGCCGAGCUGGAGUCCCUUAUGAGGAUGCUGGACAACCUGGGAUACAGAACAGGCUACUCAUACAAGAACCCCAUUGUUCGUGAAAAACCCCGCUCUAAGAACGACGUGGAGAUCCCUGCCACUGUGUCGGCCAUGCCACCAGAGGACAGUGAGCUGGGAUUGCGGAGCCCCUUCAAGUUUAUGGUGCAGAAACAGCAGAAAGAAAGGACCCGGUGGCUCAACUCGCCCAACAGCUACUUGAGGGUCAAUGUUCCUGAACAGUCACCCAGUGGGGAUGUCAGCCCCAGGACCAAAACCAUGUGGAUGAAGUCUUCACAGCCAGGCAACAGCGUUGGCACACCAAUAAAGAUCGAGGACCCCAACCAGUUUGUGCCACUCAACACUGAUCCCACAGAGGUUUUGUAUAAGAGGAACCGGAUAAAAGAACAGCACAGAGGUGACCUGAUGACUGCAGGACCAAAAUCUCAGUUACUAGCAGGCAUUGUUGUGGACACCAUACCAGGGCCAGCUUUCAUCAUUGAGGACGAGGAGCACACUCGCUCUCUUCCCCCAAACCCUUUCAAUGAGCUCUCCGAGAAGGAGCUGGAGGAAUACAAGAACACGGUAGAGAGAAAGCAGCAAGGCCAAGAAGAAGAUGAUGAUGCCACUGAUGCAGAUGAGAUGACGACAUUUGAUGGCUCUACUAUUUCCCUCUCCCUCUCUCCCCUAAUGACGCCAGCUAAACAUGACACAAUUCCCAAUGGGAAAGACCACUUGGCAGAAAUGGAGGAGGCCCUGAGCAUUGAGGUAUCCAAGCUGAGCAUGAGCACUUCGGAAACGGUGGAUAUCAGCAUUACAUCGAAGGAGAGCAUUGGGGAGGCUCAGACCCUGGAGAGUCAAACCAAGUCCCCAAAGAAAAAGAAAAAGAAGUUCCGCACACCUUCAUUCUUGAAAAAGAGCAAGAAAAAGAAGGACGAGAAAGAAAAAACUGAAGCCUGAGGGCAUUUACUGUAAAAACAGUGUUUUUACUUGGAAAACAUCUGAAUUGUGUUCUGAAUUUUCAGCUUGUUGAAGUAAAGUGAAAUAAUACAAAUGACUAUCAUUUAGUCUGAUAAAAGUUUUUACACAACGUCCCUCAUUCACAGCUAUUUAAUGUGAAAGUUUUUCCAAGAUGGUAAAAUGGAUGCGUUUUUGUCAGAAUUUCUGAAUUUUAUCAAAUGAAAGGUGAAUGCUAAACUGCAUAUUUGUCGUUAAAACCCAUAUUUUGUUUUAUUUUUACUUUUUAUUUUCUGCAUACACAAUUUAACAAGGUUUUUAGAACAAUAACUAAAAACCCGGUUGACCAAAAUACAAAAGAAAGGGACAUAGCCCAUGCCCAGCCACCAAGAGAGAGAGAAACAGAGGGAAGAUAAAUAAAUAAAGAGAUUGUUACCCAUAUUUUUAAUGGGGUAUCAUAGGACUACAAUGUUGUGAAGGUUAUGAAAACAUCAGAUUACAGUUAUGUUGUUUUUUUUCUUUUUGCACAAGUUCAUUGUUGAAUGUAUACGGAAAGCUAAAAAAAUGUUUCAAUGAUUUUUUUAAUAGUAGUGUAACAGUGGCUGAACAUACACGACAUACACAACAAUUAGCCUUAUAAGAAGUACGAUUUGUAUUCAUAGUUAUAAUAUCUUGUAAUAAUAUAUGUUGGUUUAUAUUAUAGGUAUUACAAUAUAGUGUUUGAUAAAUGAUUUGAUAGUCUACAUAUUUACUUUACAUACUAACUCUUAAUACUAAACAUGCUGUGAUUGUGAUUGAUAAUUCAUUAAUAAUUCAUGUUUUUACAUUUAUGUUAGUGGUAUUUUUCCCAUGGUUGCUGCUUUAUUGUAAUUUUGACAAGGAAUUGACUGUGACUAACAGAAGGAGCUCAGCGAAGUGAUGACUUUUGCAUACUGAUGUUUAUGAGUUUGACUUUUACAGAAUCGACAGGGAGUCACUUGUUUGGAUGUUGACAAUGAAAGUGCCAGGCGUGAAUCACAGAAGGUUCAGUGUGAUGGAUGUUUUGACAGAUUAUGUCCAAAUAGUCAGUUGAUGGCAAUAUGUGGUUGAAAGCUCAUCUUCAUAGCCACUGUUAUAUUUUGAGUUUGAUAUAAAGAGUAUUAAAGGACCGUAUAUUUACAUCCCAGUCAAUAAUGUGAACCCAAAGGAAGUGAACUCUUUGCCUUUGUAAAUAGUUUUUGUGAAGUUAUUUUGUUACGGUAAACCAAAUGUUAAAUGAUGAAAUGUGACAGUACAAUCUAAUAACAAUAUUUUAACACUCCUGUUAUCAUUCACCUUAAUGCACAGCACAUUGUGUUUACAAAUCAUAUAAUGUAAUUUGUAUGCCGAGUGCUUGUAUUUUCUCUGUGGUUUACAUUACUAUCUGUCACCUGAGGUUUUUCCCCAUGGUGCUUUACAUUUUUAGUCACCUUGCCUCAAAGUCAGUCCUUUUAAAAUUGCCUUCCACCAGAUGUAAUAAAAGCUGGCAUAGGUUUCAAUAACUGUUUUAUUGCCCUCUUGCUUAUUGGCUGAAAGGUAUUUGGUGUUAUCAUUUCUUAUCUUUAUCUUAUCUCUUUAAUGCAUUUUCAAACAUGAACAGGGUUUUUUCUUUUUUAUGUUGUUGGAUAUUUAUGCAUUUGUUCCAGCUGUGACAUUUCAUUCUGGUUCAACUCCAGCUCCAGUUCUAAGAGACUACACAACACCUCAAGUAUGAAAUAAAGCUUUCUAGAAAACUGUU